UCUUCUCCGCAAAGAAAGAAAAAAACUCAGCAGAACCACAAGAGAAGAGAGAGAGAGAGAGAGCCUGAGCAGCGACGAUGUCGAGCUUGAUGACGAAGAAGGAGAUCGGGCAGACCCACGACGUGCUCCGCUUCGGCGUCAACGACAGCGUCAGGGCCGACAUCGCGCCGGCGCACCCCGUCCAGGCCACCAUCCAUAAGGAGACCAAGUUCUGGGACGAGAAGAAGAGGUUCGGGACCGAGGCCAUCUACGGGUCCGCCUUCAACAUCCGCAAGGACCUGGACGCCCAAAUCCUCUCCAGGUUCCAAAGGCCCCCAGGUGCAUUGCCAUCAUCUAUGCUAGGAUAUGAGGCAAUGACAGGUUCCUUGGAUGAUUUUGGAUUUGAAGAUUACCUUAACUUGCCCCAGGACUCUGACAGCCUGCGCAUACCGGACAUGCACCACGGGAUGGAGGUUCGGCUUGGCCUGUCGAAGGGCCCUGUCUGCCCCAGCUUCAGUUGAUUCCUUCCACCCAUGUAUUUUGCUUCCCGUCCAGCAUCUACACUGUAUCAUGGAUUGGUGAAACAUGAGAAGUAAAUAAUUGGGUAUUGCAUCA